CCUUGUUAAAGACUAUCAUCUACUUAUUUAGAGCACCCCACUACGUAAUUCUCCACGCUAUGCAGUGCUUAAACUUCAACCGGAUACAGAUUGUGUGGCGUUGUUUCAAUUUGCGCUGUCCCAAGGCAUCUGUGACAUCUCUUUUGUCACCUCACCGUUUGAAUUCUUGACGGAAAUUCGAGAUACCUCAUCACCACGUAUCUUACGUCAAGAAACUGCAUCACCGCUCACAACACCGUCUACCUCACAAACAUCCACUAAUCAACAAGCGGUUACCAUCUUUGGCACAAAUGGUGAAAAUGCAGCGGCUAGUUCGGAUACGAUUCCAUGCCUAUCGUUACCGGACGAGAAUCGCGCUGCAUCAUCUCAUGGUGGUUCGAUGGAUUCGGAAACACCACCACCGGCGUCUAUGGAUCAUUUUAAUACCGUGCUCUCGACUUUAUUUGGAAAAGGGGAACCAGCCAAAGAUGUUAGAAUCAUCACUGGGCCGCCACCAAAAGCAACAUCACCCCCGCCAGAGAUUCCUGGACCUGGGCAGAUCAAGUGCCGGCUAUGCGGCAUCACUGUUAGUUGCAAGAAGUAA